GACAAUGACGUCCCCACCAUACACUCCCUUCCACCUUAUCAAAACCCACAAUCCAACCACCUCCUACGUUCUCUCCAUCCUCAUCUCCCCCGACGGCACCCUCCUCGCCGCACCAACAUCAUGCGGGACAGUCCACCUCUAUGAUGCGACUACGAGUGAGCAUGUGGGUGGAAUAAAUGUGGGAGGAAUCAAGGAGGCUGUGUUUGAUAAGCGGGAUAAUGUUGUUUGGUGUGGGGGGGAUGAGGUUAGUGUGUGGGAUGUGCGGGAGGGGAAAUGUUCAAAGAGGUUUCAAGCGGGUGCACCUGUUUUGAGUUUGGAUGUUAAUUCUUCGCAAACGAUGGUAGCUGCGGGAACAGAACUCGUUGGUGAAGACGCCAAAAUCUGUAUAUGGGACAUCCGCGGAGGCCCAACACCUUUGACAGAAUUCACAGAAUGCCAUUCCGACGAUAUUACCCAAAUCAAAUUCCACCCAACGCAUCCAACGGCACUUGCAAGUGGAUCUACGGAUGGGUUAAUGUGUUUAUACGCUUUGACAACACCAACAGAAGACGACGCCCUAGAACACGUAUUCAAAUCCGAUUCAAUUUCAAAGAUUGGGUUUUUUGGACCGGGGGGGACGUACUUGUAUGCCCUAUCACACAUGGAGACGCUCUCAUUGUAUACCAUGACUGGAGACACGGUACGAGAAUACGGGGACGUGCGUGGGGCGUCUGAAUUGGCGGCUUUAGAGUACUGUAUUGAUGCCACCUAUGAUCCGCAUGGUGAGAGGUUAUUUGUGGUCGGUGGGGACCAAUCUGGGAAUAUGUGUGCAUUGAAUGUUGGGAUGGGGGGAUUGGAGUUGGUGCAUACGUUGAAUGGGGGGCAUAGUGAUAUUGUGAGAGGGGUGCUUUGGGAUGUUGGGGGGGGUCGGUUAGUCUCUGGUGGAGAAGACGGCAAGGUUUGUUUUUGGCGAAAUGCAUAGUGAUGCAUAUUGACCACAUGCACAUGUGUGGUUACCAUCGUUAAAAUGCGCAAAUUUCGGAUGUAGAAUAGUUUCAUAUAGGCAUUUCUAACAUAGUCCCACCAUUUUCUUUUGUAAUCCAACUAUGAUAUUACUUUUUUUUUUAAACAUAUGCGAAACACGGACGGCAAAGAAAAAAGAGUUCCAUAGCAU